AUGGAGCCCGCCUCCGCAGACUGGGGAAACCUACUCUCAACAGUGAAUGAAAGUGACGCGACCUUUCAGGAAGACUUUGACACGAUGACGAUAACAUUUCUGACCACCAGCUUUCUAACUGUCAUCCUUGCCCCGCUUGGGCUGGCGGGAAACGCGGUCGUGGUCUGGCUGCUGGGCUGCCGCCUGCGGAGGAACCCCUUCUCCGUCUACAUCCUCCACCUGGCCGUGGCCGACUGCCUAGUCCUCGGCAUCGUGGGUGCCUUUUGCCUGCUAGAUCUCACGUACUUCUUCCUUGGGGAAAAUAUCGAGUUCCUACUCAGAAUCAACCAUGUGGUAGUGUUUCCCUACCUCAUGGACAUGAGCCUUCUCAGCGCCAUUGGCACCGAGCGAUGUCUGUCCAUCCUGUGCCCCCUUUGGUACCGCUGCCGCCGCCCAAGUUACAUGUCAGCUGUCAUGUGUACCCUGCUCUGGGCCCUGUCCCUGAUGUUGGCCAUCCUGGAUUGGGUCUACUGUUCCGGCAUUAACAGUGACAUGGAAAGGGACUGGUGUACGUCAUUCGAGUUCAUCAUUGCCAUGUGGGUGAUUUUCUUAUUUGUGGUUCUCUGUGGGUCCAGCCUGGUUCUGCUGGUGAAGGUGUUCUAUGGCUCCCGGAGGAGGAAUAUGACCAGGCUCAUUGUGACCAUUCUGAUCACUGUCUUGGUCUGCCUGCUGUGCGGCCUCCCCUUCGGCAUUUCUUGGUUUACAUUAACCUGGAUGGACAUGGAUCUUGGCACGUUUUCUUAUUUCUGUUCUCGUUUUCUCUCCUGUGUUAACAGCAGUGCCAACCCCAUCAUCUACUUCUUCGUUGGCUCCUUUAGGCAGCGGCAACGGGUGAGGCCGACCCUCAGGAUGGUUCUCCAGAGGGCACUGCAGGACACUCCUGAGGGGGAGGAACCUGGAGGAGCACCCCCUCAGGGACCCACGGAGCAGGCAGAGAGCAGUGCGGUGUAG